GCUGGGAAGGGCUGGUAGACUAGUGGGAAGCAUGUGUUUUUGCAGCACUGCCACUGCAGUCAGUGCCAAAUUACAGGUAGCAAGAAGGAAACUACUGAUAUUUUUCUUUAGCCUGAGUUUUGCAGCUUGUGCACAGGCACUCACAGUCGUCUGUGCUUGCUGCGGCUUGUAAGUCACCAGUGUGUCUGGCUCAUUCUGAAGGAUGGUGAACAAGAGGGAAACAUUACUGCUGCCUCUUUCCCAUCGCUCACCUUGGAGGCAGAUAGAAAAUCUUAAUGCCCAAGGACAUCAGCUUAAUUGGAGAAGAGGCAGAGGCUAGAAAUGCCACCAGCAAUAGGAGCACCACAGUACCCACCUCCAGAUGGAGGCUGGGGGUGGGUUGUGGUCUUUGGGGCCUUUAUUUCCAUUGGAUUCUCCUAUGCAUUCCCCAAAGCCAUCACGGUAUUCUUCAAGGAAAUACAGGAAAUCUUCCAUACAUCAUAUAGUGAGAUAGCUUGGAUAUCAUCAAUAAUGUUGGCUGUCAUGUACGCAGGAGGUCCCAUAAGCAGCAUUCUGGUGAAUAAAUAUGGUAGCCGACCAGUGAUGAUAGCAGGGGGUAUUCUGUGUUCAUUUGGCAUGAUUGCUUCCUCUUUCUGCAAUAGCGUUCUGGAGCUUUAUAUAUGUAUUGGUGUUGUUGGAGGUCUGGGUUUGGCAUUCAAUUUACAGCCCGCCUUAACAAUGAUCGGCAAGUAUUUCUAUAAGAAGCGUCCCAUUGCUAAUGGGUUGGCCAUGGCUGGAAGUCCAGUGUUUCUGAGCACAUUGGCACCUCUCAAUCAAUUCCUCUUUAAUGCAUUUGGUUGGAAAGGAAGCUUUCUCAUUCUGGGAGGACUACUUUUGAACUGCUGUGUGGCUGGGUCACUUAUGAGGCCUGUUGGACCAAAACCAGUCCCUCCUGUGAAAAAAGAUGUUGAAAAAGGCACAGGAGAUUCUAGCCUGCACAAAAACAACAAGAAGUCUUUUUGGCAAACUAUUAAUAAAUACCUAGACCUAUCCCUCUUCAAACACAGAGGGUUUCUGAUCUAUUUGUCAGGAAAUGUUAUUAUGUUUAUUGGUUUCUUUGCUCCAAUAGUUUUUUUGGCUCCUUAUGCCAAACACAAGGGAAUUGAUGAAUAUUCUGCUGCUUUUUUGCUAUCCAUCUUAGCCUUUGUAGAUAUGUUUGCUAGGCCUUCAAUGGGACUUGUAGCAAACUCUAAAUUUAUCCGUCCAAAGAUCCAGUACUUUUUUAGUUUUGCUGUCUUCUACAAUGGAGUCUGUCAUAUCUUGUGUCCUCUGGCAACAAAUUACACUGGCUUGGUGAUAUAUGCUGUAUUUUUUGGGUUUGCAUUUGGAAUGGUUAGCAGUGUACUUUUUGAGACUCUGAUGGACCUUGUUGGUGCUGCCAGAUUUUCCAGUGCAGUUGGACUGGUCACCAUCGUGGAAUGCUGCCCUGUGCUCAUAGGCCCUCCUCUAGGAGGUUGGUUAGUGGAUGUUACUGGUGAAUAUCAAUACAUGUAUUUUGUCUGUGGAGUGAUUGUGAUUGUGGCCAGCAUCUGGUUGUUCAUUGGCAAUGCUAUUAACUACAGGCUAUUGGCAAAAGAAAAGAAGUUAGAAGAUGAGAAACAGAAAGCACAGAAGAACACUGACUUGAAGGAGGCAGAACCACUAACAAACAACGAGAAUGAAGAUGCUGCUAGCAGAGCUGACAAAACUCUCGAAGAUCCUUCAGAAAGAGAAACCAAUAUUUAAUCUGCUAUGUAGCCCAGAAGACAACACUUAUGACUUCCAUUUGAAAUAUGCCUUCAAGACACAAGCCAGGUUUUGUGUUAAUAAUGAUCAGUUACAAUAUUGGAUGGGAACAGAUUUUUGCCCCAUGUCAAGACUCCGAGUUAAAUUGCAAUCUACAGUUUAUUUAUUUCAGUGAUACAAAAUUGAAGUUACAGAGGUAGUGGUUCCAUAAAUAAGCCCAUCCAAACUAUGACUCUGGACAGUGAAGAGUCAAGAAAACUAGGUGUAAAGCCUUCACAUGACAAAGUUUUGUUUCAAAAAUACAUCUAAUGCAAAAGCGUCGGUUGCUGUUAUAUGGGGAGAUAUUUUGUGUUCUUUAAUAGAGUACUGUUAAUGUCUGUUGAAUUAAUGUGCCCAAACUGUAUUUACUACUAAUAUAAAAAAAAAAAAAAAAACGAGCUCAAAGGUUUGUUUCAAAAUUACCUGAAUGAAGCACAAUGAAAACUUUUUUCUCAUUUAUAUGCCCACUAGAUCAAAAUAUUCAUUAUAUCUAUGUAAACAAUUACAAUAGGAAUGUAGAAGUUCAGGUUGGAAGACAAACAAUUGGUGGGCACAAUUUAUAAAAUGCAAUAAACAGCAAAGGUUGUUUCCUUCUGUAAUAGGUGGCUAUGUUAUGCUUCAACAGACGCAUUUGAACACAAGUACAUUCAGACCUCACUAAUUCAAAAUAAGCUAAAUGAAAGUAUUUUAAACUAGAAUUUAUACUGCUAACAAAAGUGGAAAUCAGUUUGUUCACUUGCUUCAUGGCAAUGACAUCAGCGUGGAUGCUUGAGUUAAUUGGCAGGUCAUUAACUGGUUGAUGACAAGAUGUAAGGUCUAACUUCAGGUCCUUGAGGGCAGGUAACUUCAUACCAGUUCUCAUCUCCCCUUCCCAUGUAUUUAGUGAAAAGCUACUUCUUGUAUUGGUUUCUUGUUAUUGGUUUAAUCAAAAAUGCUGCAAAGUACAUUGUCAGUACAAAUCUGGGAGCUUUGUAUUAGCGUAUCAUUUUUUGUGCAGGAUAUUUGGUGUUAUUUCACACAGACACAUCAAUUGAAAUACACACAAUUGUUCCUUUAGGUAAAAACAAAAUAAAAUAAAAUAAAAAUUAUUAAUUAAAAAAAAGAUUUAGCUUUGCACUUGAAAUUGAAAAGUGCAAGGUUCUGAAGGUUUUAGAUGAAAAUAUUUCUGUUCUGUUCAUAGUUGAGGAACUUCAUUUUGCAGAAUUUCAUAUAUAUGCCACAGAAGUUGUGAAAAUUAAGGGUCUGAUUCAUAGAACAUUUAUACAUGUACAUUCAAUUCAGGAAAAAGUAUGUUAUUUUUCUUUAGUCCUCAAAUACAUAUCAUAUAGCUGUAAAUGCGCUGGACAGACAGAUAUGUUAAACACAAUUUGAAGUGCCAAUAACAAAAGAAAUACAAUAACAGAAACUAGCAAGUGGAAAUGCCAGUUUCUUAAGAGCAGCAUUCAAUUUGCUUAUUUUCACUAUUUAAAAAAGACAAAAAAAGAUACUGCUUGCCUCUGUCUUGCAGGAUUAUCAUCUUAUUUGCUACGAACUUCCACAGUAGCGCUGAACUUUUCAUUAGCACUGUUUUGGAGAAGAAACAUCACGAAUCCACUAGCAAGAUGGUACAGAAAUUUGCAUCUUCUUUUUACCUAAUUAAGUGCAGGAAAUCCAGACAGCUUCUACAAGUCUUGUAGGUACUUCAGCAAUAAAAUAAUGUGUAUUUCAGAGUUUCAGAAGAAAAUAAGGUUUAUAUGCUCAGAUUUGAGCAGUGAACUGUCUAAAGGAAAGUGAUAUAAUCCCCAUAAAGUUGAAGUUCAGAGACAUAAAUACAUUAUACCUUCUUUCAAAAUGUAAUCCAGACAACACCCUAUGAGAUGAAAGCAUUACUCUGGUUAUGGAUGCAUGGACAUACAUGGGGAGUUCCAGGGUCCAGUCUGAAAAUGUCCCACAUUUCACGAGAUGUAGAGUUUCAUAAUUGGCAAGCUGUCAUACAGUUAGGAAUAUCAGUAAUAAUGCUGGACUACAAAGGAUGAACUGAAACAUCAGCUAAAGAGUAGUCAUCAGGAACACCACUUUGCUCAUGACAGCAAGUGUCAAAGGCAGAGAUUAUUUGAAAAGAGUUGAGUACAUAGGUAGAACAAAAAUGACUGAGGCAAAAAUUUGUAUGUUUAUUAUCUCUGCAAAACAAGCAAACAAACAAACAUAAACCCAAUAAACCAAAAUGAAAAAAAAAAAAAAAAAGAACAAGAACAAAAACACAAAAUAGCAUGAUUAAAAAUGCAGGGUAAAAGACAGCAAGUAUCAACUUUUGAUUUAAGCCCAUUAAAAAUUGAUAUUGACCUUUAGGACUCAAGUAAGAGGCUCUUGGGAAUCAUACAGGCAGCUCACCUGUUCUGUAAAGGACUGCAGAAUGCAAUAAAACAUGGCAUAGGAAAUAAGGGAAAAACAAGUUUCUUUGAGCCAUAGACACACCUACAAUAGCAACACUGAUGUUACUAUCUCAGAGGAAAUCGAUAUUUCUGUAUAUUCUCUACAGGACUCCUGAUCUUUCAUCUCCAGUCAAUUAUAUCAGUAGUAGGAAUCAAAGAGCUGCUUUACCACCAUUCACCAAUGUACAACUUUUAAUCACAUAAUGAGGUAAAAUGAUGUAUCAGGCAACAGAAACAACAAAAGGUGUGAACUGAAUCUAGAGAAGCAUUUCUUUACAUUCUUCUCAUUUUAUCUUCUUAAAACUGGCAACAACUACUACUAGAACAGCAAAUCAGAAUGCACCUGAUAUUACUGAGUGUUAUGGAAUUUUGAAUGCAAAGCGUAAUGAAGAAGAUUGGAGCCAUAUCUAUGCAAAAAAAAAAAAAAAAAAAAAAAGCCAGAAAUGAAAAAGUCUUCCAAAUAAGAGUCCUAAAGUGGAAUUUUAAUAUGUAGUUCUUAUUUUAAUAUUAAUAAUAAACUGCCUUCAGUCAAUUCUGUGAGCAUUAAAGUAAUGAAAUGAAUAUAACUUGCCUAUAAAACCUGGAAUAUCAUUCUUACUUGCACUGAGCUGAAAUCAUUACUGCAAAUAAAUUCCUUACCAUUCUGCUUUUAGAAUGAGACCCAUGUAUAUAUCAUUUAUUUAUGUCCCCCUGCUUUAUUUUAGUUACUUUGGUCAGCCUUCACUAUAGACCACUGCAGGGUCAAGAUUAAGAGAUGCCUUUGCUGUACACAGUCAUGUAAUGUACUCUCAAAUUUUAAGAUGUACCACAGGCAUCUCUUACACACGAUGAAGUCUGUAGUCUGUCAGUCAGUGUAAGCAAAUCCUGAGUUAGCCUUAAUCUGAUAUAUAUUUCAUCCUCUUUAUCUCUCUGCUAUAAUAUUUCUGAGCCAGAUUAUCAUGUUGUUUAUAUUCAAUUAAUCAAAUAAUGCCAAAAUCUUAAAAUUAGUAGGAAAGAGAAUAAUCAGCCUCCACCGAUCGUAUGUUUCCUAUUUAACAUCAAGGUUAAAUUUCAGAUAGAUUCAGAGCACUUAUCCAGAUACUUCUAUCUCUUUAGGGUUUUUUGACAUUAUAAUUCUCUAGUAGCAGGACGGUUCUUCUGUUUUGCCGUUUUCAACUCUAGAGAAAGCCUUCUCACUAAUAAUUCCUAGUACUUGUUCAAGAACAAAUGUUCACCCUUGCCACUUCUCACCACUGAACUGUGCUUGCAGCUGUUGCCAGUUUUGUACCUCGCUCAGGUUCGAAAUCCUGUAGUCAAAGUGCAGUACUUAUGUUUCAAGAAGGUGAUGUGUGAACUGUUUUGACAGGAUUGGAAAGAGUUGUCUUCAAAUGGAUUAUUAUUAUUUUCUUCAGUUUUCUAAUGAUAUUUUCCUUAUGAGAGUAAGUUCAGCUAUCCUUGCUGUUGAAGUUAAUGGCAACAAUUUCCCUGACUUUGUGACUCAACGUUCACAUUAAUUUUUAUGGCAUUUUUGCAUAGCAACAUCCACUGUACCUAAAAAAAAAAAAAAGUUUGUCAGCAUGUACAUAACUGUUCAAAACUUAAGCCAGAGAAGUCUAUGAAGAGUCACAAGCUCUGCGGGUAAACAGUGAGUUUUAAUUAUUAUUUUUGGUUUUUUUUGGUACAACCAUCCAUAAAGAUUCUAUGAAGUAGCAAUGCAUCAUAUACUCCCUCAAGGAGUAGGAUUCAUCUUGCCUAGUUUUAUCCAUACAGAAAUCAUAUUGAUUUUAUUUCCCAUUAGAGAUGGAUCCCUAUUAACUAUUUUUGUAACUUCAUUUUCCUUCUUAUUCAACUUGAAGGUUCUUCUGACUUGCAGUUUUCCAUUCUGAUGUUGCACAAAAAACUUAGAUAAGGCACGGAAUCUCUUUUAUUAAAUACUUGCUGUCAUUGUCUUCCCUCAAAUGCCGAAAUAUUUUUUUUUUCACUUGCUACUUUAGAUGGUUGUGGGGAGGUAAGGUGUUAUCCACUUAUAUAAUAAACUACAGAUAUAACACACAGCCAGAUUGUAUUUAGCCAUCAGGAUUUACUAAACAAGCCCACUUUUUUAGAAUCAUAGAAUCGUAGAAUGGUUUGGGUUGGAAGGACCAUUUAAGAUCAUCUAGUUUCAAUCCCCCUGCUAUAGGCAGGGACACCUCCCACUAGACCAGAUUGCUCAAAACCUCAUCCAGCCUGGCCCCGAACGUCUCCAGGGAGGGAGCAUCCACAAUCUCUCUGAGCAACCUAUUCCAGUGUCUCACCACCCUCGCAAUAAAGAAUUUCUUCCUGAUAAUAUGUAGUCUAAAUCUACUCUCUUCCAGUUUAAAUCCAUUUCCCCUCAUCCUGUUGCUACAUGAACUAAUAAAGAAGUCCCUUCCCGGCUUUCCUGUGGGCUCCCUUCAAGUGUUGGAAGGCCACUAUAACAUCUCCCCAGAACCUUCUCUUCUCCAGGCUGAAGAGCCUCAGCUCUCUCAGCCUGUCCUCAUAGUGGAGGUAUUCUAGCCCUCUGAUCAUUUUCAUGGCCCUCCUCUGCACCUGCUCCAACAGCUCCAUGUCAUUCUUGUGUUGAGAGCCCCAGAACUGGACGCAGUACUCCAGAUGGGGUCUCAUGAGAGCAGACCAGAGGGGUAAAACCACCUUACUCUAUCUGCUGGUCAUGCUUCUCUUAAUGUAACCCAGGAUACGGUUGGCUAGAUUAACUUGCUUCAAUGGAUACUGACAAUUUUGCCUUUAAUAAAAGUCAAUCAAGGCAAUUUUUGUUAGUUUCUCUAUAGAUAAUUAUUUUUUUACUCCUACUGAGGAAUAUAAAGGGAUUUUUAGAAAAUAUUUAUUAUCAGAGAUGACAUCAAUUUUAACAAGGCUCUCUGGUUUACUUUGGGGGGGAGGGGAGAAGUUGGCACUUUUCUGAUAUUUGUACAUACAUAUUUAAAGCAUUUGCAUGUAUAGGCAUCUUUUAAAUCACAAUUUGCAUAAGUAUUGCUAUAUAAUUUCAACAUCAUUUCAUGUUAUUAUUUUGCAAUUCAAUUUUUUUUUCUCUGUCAUCUACCUCUCAGUUACAGUUAGGAGACUUGCAUGACCCUGGAAGAAUACAGCUAACAAAAAGCAUAGUGUUUAAACUUGCACAGAUUAUUAGACAGUCUCCAAAAUAUUUGAAGUAGUUCAUAGUAGUAUUUCAAAGCACUGCAUACUGAUGACUGGACUGUAUUCCUUUUCAAUAUUUUUAGUAAAUCUGAAGACUAAAGCCAUACUGGUGUAUUUUUUGCAUCACUGAACUGGUGUAAAAAAAUUGAUGUGUCAUUUGAACACCCAAAGUCUACUGCCCUUUCUGUGAGAUGCUGCCUUUUUGUAUUUCUUUCUACUUAUGAAUUAAAGGAAGAAACUAAAUGGAAAUGUUAGGACAUGAGUACCUACGAAGUGUUACAAAAAAAGUUGCAGAAUAUUUUGCAUUCUUGAAAAGAAAAGAAAAGAAAAGAAAAGAAAAAAAAAAAAAAGGAAAGAAAAGAAAAGAAAAGAAAAGAAAAGAAAAAGGAAGGAAGGAAGGAAGGAAGGAAGGAAGGAAGGAAGGAAGGAAGGAAGGAAGGAAGGAAGGAAGGAAGGAAGGAAGGAAGGAAGGAAGGAAGGAAGGAAGGAAGGAAGGGGAGGGAAAAGAAUUGAAUACAGAAUUUUAGCUUUCUUUCUCUUUUGUGGAGACAGCUGGGGAAGCUGGUCACAAAAUACUCCACUGGGGACAAGAAAUAAUGGUUGUUGGUCUUGACAAAAAAAAAAAAAAGAGAAAAUUGUU